AUGGAUUAUGAAGAAGAUGAUGAAGAGCAGAAGAUGGAAUUGUUCUUUGCUUUGGUCAAAAGCACGCGAGAGGUACGCGAAAAGUUAAUGAAAGGAGAGCACAAAGGCAUACACAAGGAAAAUGAAGAUAAACCGCCGCCGCCUCCGCCGGUGGUUUGGAAUCCGUGUUUCCGACCAGAAGACUUCAUGGAAGAUGUAGUGCAGCUCAAGGCGGCGGGUUGUGGCAGUAGCACUGGUAGUCCUGUAAUCCCACGAACAAGCUUGUUUGGAAGAGGUGAUAAGGAGGAAAAAAAUUUGAUGGAAGAAGUGGAGCCACCGUCGGUGUCGGUGUCUGUAGCGGCGGCCGGGACUUGUAAGAGAGAAGAUAAAGAGUCUGAAGAUGUUGAUAAAGGUGGGGACUCCGGCUUGGACCUUAAUCUUUCUUUGUAG